AUGGGCGCCGAAUCUAGGAAAGUACCACCACUUCCUGCCCCGACUGAGACUGACACGACAACUCCGAGCGAGCUGGCAACCGACCUGUCCAAGCCUGGCGACGAGAAAUCCUCCUACUCUAUUCCCGAGGAUGGUACCCCAGUCACUAUCCGUACUCGCGGCCACAAAGCCAGCAAAUCUCAAACAUCGUUACUGAUUGAGUAUUUCGAGGGUGGAAAAAGCGGCUCUGGUGGCCAAGACCGUAAACCAAGCGUCCGCGUCCGUCUGACCCCGUCCAAGAAGAGCAAAGGCGACCAUAUCCAAGUAACCGAGACCAAGGGCUCCCGCAAGGCUUCCCUCACCCGCCGCAUUCCUCUUGACCAAGCCAUCGCGUCUCGGGAAAUCGAGUUACACGACGGUGAGGACGCAAACAGCAUGACAUCGUAUGCUUCGGCAACAGAGGAAUCGAAUGUUUCAAGAAAUCCCAUCGAUAUUGAAAUAGACCGCAGCCACAGGCGAAGGCGCCCCGCGAGUCCGUUGAUACCCUCCGCCGAGCCGUAUCAGCCUGGGAAUCCUUCCGAGAUCUCUGCCAUCCCAACAGACAGCUUUUUGGACGGCUCGGGUCCUGCGGGAGACACUAAACGAUCCUCUAGCCCUUUUCGCGGUGAGGCACUUAUUGGUGCAACGGCCGCUGGUGCUCUCGCAGGAGCGGCCAUGGGCGAAAUAAGCAACAAUAAGACUCGAGCAAAGGAGCGUGUUAAAAUUGCCGAGAAAUCAAAAGACAAGUCCGAGAAGAGGCGACAUUCCAAAAGCAGGGCUAGCAGUGUUGUUAGUGAGCGCGCUGUUGAUGAGGCUCGGUCCCCACGCCGACGGUCCAGUCGCGGCCAACAGGAAUCCAAUAUAAGUGCAGCGGAUUCCAGUGCCGUGUCGUCUCAUCUCGCCCCGAGCCAUCGCUCCCUUGACACGCGUUCCGUCCGCUCUGGAGCCUCGAAAUCAUCAAUCAAUAACCCAAAACUUCUUGAAACUGUGGAGGAUGCUAUCCGAAGGCUAAUCCUACCCGAAUUGAGCGCGCUUAAGAGGGAGCAAAGCAAACGUGAAAGUCGGCGUGGCUCACUGACUUCGUCCGUCACUUCUGUUUCGAGAGAGGACGUCUCAUCCGAUCGCAGGCGGUCUUCUGGCGGACGAGGCGAGAGCUCGCGAGAUGGGGCAAAACAAAGAGACCGGCGGAAUCGAGAGGCGCGCCAUGACUACGAGGAUGACAUCUCAUUGCGCAGCCCCAGCCAUGAUUCUAUUAACGCUGAAUACGAGGCCUACGAAGGAGAUGUCACAACCCCAAGGCGCAGUAACAAUCUGCUAAAAGCUGCUGCUGUUGGAGCUGCUGGGGCGGCAUUGGCCAAGGGUGCAAGCGCUGCCAUGGAUGAUGUUGUUCAGUCACCAGAUAGAAAACAACGUGAGAGACGCAGGAGAAGAGCAGAAAACACCAGAAGUCGUAGCCUGGAUCACGAGCAGUUUGAUACAGAGUUGGACGACGAGCACCUUGCACCUGAACCCCCGAUGCCACUAAUGAGCGACAUAAACCCGUCCGAUCUUACUCGAACUUCCAUCCUAUCGGCUGAAUCAGACCGACCACACUCUGCGAGCGAAGAGCUUGUGGCUGCGCCAGCUAGGGGCCUUGGCCACAGCGAACAGAUAGUUUCAGGCGCGUCAACCCCGGCUCGUGUCAAGUCGCCAGUAAACCAAGAGCAACAUGCCCUGGCUAUGCAUCACGCAAACGUAUCUCAUGGAGACCUGACAGCAUUACCUCGAGGCAACAAGGACUAUGUUGAAGAAUACGAGACAGAUGAGUAUGGACGAAAGAUUCCCAUCGGCUCCUACGACGACUACGAACGCAGCAGAGGUGUGCCUGAGACUGUUGACUAUCCCGAAGAUGAUUUUGAGCACCGGUACUACAGCACGCAGGAUGUCCCUCCACCUCUUCGGUAUGUUCCUUAUCAAGCCGGCGCCAGAGGACUUAGCCCGAUUCCCAGUGUUUCCGGAUACACAGAAGCUGGCAGUGAAGCACCGCUACCCCGGGAUUCCAUGGAAAUGCCGUCCCCAGCCAAGUCACCUGAACGAACUCGUCAACACUUAUUCUUGCAAUCAGAUGGCUCUGCAGCAGGCAACGUGCGCAGCCGGGAAUUCGACCGGGUCUCUGCAGAAGGCGGAGAGCAAUUUGAUGAGACUGCUACUGGUCAGGCUGUCCGAGGAAUCGCGGCGAACCCCAACUUUGUUAACUCUCCCAUUGGUGUCGAGUCUGCCGUUGCUUCUCUGGUAGAUGGAUCAAUGCUCGACCAAUCUGUGGUUACUGGAGCUUCGGGAUAUGAUCAAAAUGCCGCCAGGGAUUCAAAUGUCUCAUACGAGGAACAACCCAGGACACAGAUUCCUCGCGGCAUCGACAGCCCUGAGAGGAUGGACGUUGACGGCCCUCGUGAACCAGAAGAGGAAAGGCAAACUACACCAGGGUCCAAGUCCGUGGCCCAGUCUCAGGAAUACACAGAGUAUGAUGUUGAUGAAUAUGGGAGGAAAGUACCUCGAACCAAGUAUCGACACUCGCCGACUGCAUCGGAAGCCGCCAUCACAGCUGGCGCAGUUGGUGCAGCAGCAGCAGCGUUGAAAGCUGCAAAGGAGAGGAAGCAAGCAGUAACCUCAGGGCAGUCCGUGGACGACUUCCAGCCCGCGGGUGUGGCUCGAAAUAGGUCCUUUAAAGAGAGAACCAUGCACCAUGGUUGGGAGCCACGUAACACUCCAACUCACAGCAUUGACAGACUGGACCUCGAAGAACAACCCAAGCUAGGUGCCAGUGGUCUGCCUGACAUGGAUAAUCCUAUGCCAGAGAUUGGAUAUGUCGACGAUGAUCUGCAGACCAAUCCCUCUUUGGUCGAAGAGCGUCUCGAUGGCGAGCCCGUCCAUAAGGACUGGUCUGGUAGGGCAACACCAACACAACGAGAUAUGAGCGGAUACGCUCCGGAGGCCAAGGGCAAGGAAGCUAAAGGAGGGGGGCUUGGAGUUGCUGAGGCCAUUGGAGCUGCUGCAUUGGGGGCUGCCGCAGGCAUGGCUGCCACCCCCAGCAAUGAAGCGAGCCAAGACCAGGAUGAAUGGCACCGCACAUCUGACGAGCGCAAACGGGACACUCUGCUUACCAAUCCAUAUGAAGAUGCGAGCCCUAUUGUGAAUCCUGAGCUCAAUGACAAGUUGCUCAGCAGAGGACUCGAAGCCCCGUUCAACACAGGCAGCCCUGGUUUUGGUCAAAAGUACGAUGAGGGCUACAUGUCAAACGGUCCGAACCGGACCCCUGAUCCACAGGCGAAGGGCAAGGCGGUCGAUUUUGAUGGUGCUGUAGCUGACGACGAUCCCUUUUAUGUGCCAAAAUCUCAUGCCCGGCACAUGAGCGGCAUGUCCCAAGGCAUGGGCUCGCCAUUUUACGACGCCGCAACAGGUGCGGGUAUAGAACGCAUCGAAAAUAAAGACAUUGUAGCCUUGAUGCAACACUUGAUGGUGCGUGACGCGCAACGAAGCGCCCGGGAUACAGAAAUUGUUGCAUUGCUCAUGAAUGCUGCUCUCGAGAUGCGCAACUCCUUCCGUGAAAUGAAAGAACUUGUACAAGACACCGGGGAUGAUGUGAUCUUCGCCAAUGUGGAAAACACAGAAAAGCUGCAAAAGGCCAUCAACGGGCCGAGGCCAUAUCCGGGUGCAGCCUCCCGCUCCCUGCAAAGCGCGUCGCAGGCUGGCACGUUUGAUGAGGCUGCUGUCAAGAAGAAGAAUCUCUGGAAGCGGGCUUUGCAAGGCCUUAGUACCAAGGGUACCAACGACCUAACCCGCAUUGAAGAUAUGCUUAUGCAGCUUCUCGGCGAAGUCGAUGUACUCAAGACGCAGACAGCACCAGCAGUUUCGACUGGGGGACCAGGCCAAUCACAUGAAAAUCUCCGAGCCGAGGACCAGUUUGAACAAGACAAGGGCUAUGAGCCGGAAGGCAUUUCGACACCUACGCCUGCCACCCAGUCGCAAGCGGCAUCCGCAUCACAGCCGCGUGGCCAAGUGGCUGGCGGCGUUGAGCGAAAGUUCUCUGAGCAUAGAAUCAGUACUGUGCCUGAAAAUGAAGAUGAGUACCAGUACGACCAUCCCAGCCCAAGUGCAGAGAGAUCUGGCGGUGGGUAUCUUCAGACCCCAACGCAAGCAGAACACAUUCAGCGUGGGGGUUCGGUUCCUCUAGAUACUCCGCCACGACUGGCGCCUGCUGCAGAUCCUCAACCCCUCAGCGCCGAGAACACACCACGAACCGACAAGGGCAAGAAACACAAGUCCAGCAGCUCUAGCGGGUGGUUGCCAAAGAUUUCGCGAUGGUCAGGAACAACGGCUUCAAGUGUUGGAAAGGCUUUCCGUGGCAGUGGCUCCUCCAAGAAGGGACCAAAAUACGAUGAUAUCCAACCUCCCUCCCGGUCUGGAUCCAGUCUUGCGUCAUACGACGAUGACCACAUGUACAGCCAUGACCCAUAUGGCCAAGACAAACUGCACUCGGGGUUCUCGGAUCCAAACCUUCAGGGAAUUCGAGGCGAGCGUCGCAACUCACAAGGUCCACCGCCGACUUCAUACAUGACGCCCGAGGAUCCCAAGUACAAGGCACAUCGGAACUCGCUGAACUUGCAGCAUCCCCAGCCACGACCUGGUCAAACAGAGAGAUUCCGGACUGCUUUGGAGUCUUCAGCGCAGGAGUACAACAACCCCAUGACACCAAGAUCUACUGAGUGGGCUGGUUCAGCAACCAGUCUUAACCGAUUGCCUCCAAACACCAACAGAUACAGCAACAACUCGUCUGUCCCAGGCCCCGAGGCUGACUACUUCUCAUCGCCCGGCCAGCAGCCCGGACCGCCUCGCCCUCCCAAGGAGCCAAUUGACUCUCCUGGCUCACAGACGCCGCCCAAGUCCAGUCGACUAUCCAAAAUACAGAAGGAGGGCAGUCCGGCUCCCCAGCAGAGUUCCGAGAGCGGGUACGGUACGAUGACGGCGACAUAUCUCAGCCACUACUCUGGAAGUAGCCCCAAGUUGGAGAACAGGAAUCUGAACGCUGCUCUUGGCGUUCCCAGUCGACGACCUAGUGGGCCACGAGCCAUGACACCAAAGAGCCCUGAAGAAGAGGCAGCAAGAGAAGAAAGACGACGAAAGAGAGGUACCGCUUGA